UCUAAUCGUAAUACUUGAAGGCUCAUUUAAAACAUUAAUAGGUGGAAGACAUCGUUUACAUCUUCAUUACGACGUCCUCUGGGGAUGGUGAUUGUGUUGUCAUGGUUUCUAAGGCAUGAUGGUAUUGGCUAUGAAGGAAUGUAGCCUGGUUUGAUACACCAUCCGUGCGUCUGUAUCCGCAGUAAAAGCGCACUUGGAGAUGGAGAAAGCGACUGCAUGAAGGCGCGCGAUUACUUCUUAUUUUUACACCGGUUGUACUUGUUCCUGUCUUUACAUACACCUCUAUAAAGGACUUACCGUUUAUCAUGUCUGCCAAGGAGAGACUCAAAGGCAAGAUGACCAAAGACAGCGUUACCUUGCUGCCCUGCUUUUAUUUCGUGGAGCUCCCAAUACUGAUGUCCUCAGUGGUCAGUUUGUAUUUCCUGGAGUUGACGGACAUUUUUAAGCCUGUGCGAACAGGCUACAGCUGCAAUGACCGCAGUCUCAGCAUGCCUUUCAUUGAACCCACUAAAGAGGCCGUUCCCUUUCUGAUGCUCUUCAGUCUGGCUUUUGCUGGGCCAGCAGCAACGAUUAUGAUUGGGGAAGGGAUCCUAUACUGCUGUCUGGCCAGAAGAAAUCUCGCCAUCAAAACAGAGGCAAACAUAAAUGCAGCCGGCUGCAAUUUCAACUCGUACAUCCGGAGGGCUGUGAGAUUUGUUGGGGUUCAUGUGUUUGGCCUGUGCAUCACGGCGCUCAUCACAGACAUUAUCCAGUUGUCCACAGGAUACCACGCCCCUUACUUCCUCACUGUGUGCAAGCCCAAUUACACCAUCCUCAACACUUCCUGUGAUGAGAACUCUUUCAUUGUGGAUGACAUCUGCUCUGGGCCUGAUCCAGCCGCCAUCAACGCUGGCAGGAAGUCCUUCCCGUCUCAGCAUGCCACUCUGGCUGCCUUCUCGGCUGUGUACAUCUCCAUGUAUUUUAAUGCCACCCUGACUGACUCCUCAAAGCUCCUGAAGCCGCUCUUGGUUUUCUCCUUUAUCAUCUGUGGCAUUAUCUGCGGCCUGACUCGCAUCAUUCAGUUCAAGAACCAUGCGAUGGAUGUUUACUGUGGCUUUCUCAUUGGUGGGGGCAUAGCUGUCUACCUGGGUCUAUAUGCAGUCGGGAACUUCAAAACCAGCGAAGACACAUCUCUAAAGCCGCAACAUCCACGUCCAAAUCAACACCAGAACCAACAUCAGCAUCACCGCCAACCGCAACAACCACAACCUCCACCACAGCCCCAGCUGGUUGUGCCUCCGCCUGCCAUGCGGGAGCCUCUGAGACCCCUUCCCAACCUGAAUACAGAUCCACCACGCUUACUACCACCUAAGAGCCUUAGCAUGAGGGAACGUCCCACCUCUGCACGCUCAGAGAACUUCCUGCUUCGCGGACCCUCCCGAGACAGCUCCAUGUCCUUGAAGAGGUCAAGCACAGAGGUGGAGUGCAUCACACCACCCAGCCCGCUCUGCAAAGAAAGCUUUGUGACGUUUAGCAACACACUGCCUCGCGUGCACUCGACAGGGGUCGAAGAACCUGUACCUCGCCGACAUGCUGCCAUCCACACCUCCAUGGACUCCACGCGUUCCAAGCAGCUGCUCUCGCAGUGGAAAAUCAAGAACGAGAGCCGCAAGAUGUCUCUGCAAGUGAUGGAGGGGGAAGCCGGGCACUCGCCUCAACGCAACAUGGAGCUCCGUUGCAGUUCAGAGCCCUCUGCCGUGGGCUUGGAUGGCGAGUUCCGCUGUGGGCCUCCCACGCAGUACAUGAAACUAGCCGCCAGCUCUGUGCCAUUGGCCAAUCAAAACAAUACAGGUGGCUUACCGGGUGGAGCCAGGGUAUCUAUCCAAUCACGGCCCGGCUCUUCUCAACUGGUACACAUCCCUGAGGAGACUCAAGAGAACGUGUGCUUCUCCCCUGAGGAGGAUUGUGGGGAGGUGAAUGAUUGUGGGGGUGGGAAUGCCCGCGCUAAAUGGCUAAAGGUGGCAGAGAAAAGCACCGCUUGCAGGACUAAUAGCCAGCCGCGUAUCAUGCAGGUCAUCGCCAUGUCCAAGCAGCAGGGUAUGCUGCACGGUAGUCCUAAAAGCGAGGCCAGUACGGUCAGCUGUACCGGCUCCAUCCGCUACAAAGCCUUGAUGGAUCAGGAGCCUAACGCAGGCAUCGUUCGAGUAGAAGCCCACCCUGAGCACAGGCCUGUGGUUAAACCGCCCUCCACAGACGGCAGCGGCUCCUGGAGGUGGAAGCCGCAGGAGCGUGGAAGCAUCCGACAGUCCCUCGAGCUCAAUGACUCUGAGAGUUGCGAGUCGUUGAAAGAUGGCUACAGCUCCAUCGAUGGCAAUCGGAGCCUGCCUGACAUGACCAACCCGCAUCACCCACAUUUCCACCAUCACCACCACCAACAGAGUAUUACCACCAUCCGUGUCACACCGGUGGAAGGAAGCAGCGAAGCCACCUCUGAGACGCUCUCCACCACCUCCAGUCGAGAUUCCACUCUACGCAGGAAAGGCAAUAUAAUCCUGCUGCCCGACAGAGGACCAAGUCCUGACAACGCCAGGAACCUGCCUCACUUUUUCAAACCUUCUCCUACACCUCCUCCCAUUUUGACUUUCAAAGAGUGAAGAAAAUCUCUUUCCCGACCGUUCCCAUGAGUUGCCUUGCUCUCUGAACUUUGAAGACUUUUUUUAAAGCUUUGUAGGACAUUGAGUAGAGCCAGUCAUUCUGAAUAUCUACAUUCCCUGAAUUUGACACACUUAUACUCACCAGACACCAACGCUGUGCAUUUGCAGAACACUCUCAUGGUCUCUUGUUACUACUGUAUUUAAUAAGCACAAAAUAUGUAAUUCUAGGCUGAAGGUGAUCGUGUAUCAUUUUAAACAGUACUUGCAUUAGCUUUGUUAUCCCGUCCCUCGUCUUAUUUGAAUAUGUCUGUUGUCUUAUGGCAACGUGGGUGCUUACAAAAACAUUUUCAUACCACAACUUUGUACAUUUAUAUAUAUAUAUUUUCUCAGUAUUACUAUUUGUAUACGCAGUAAAACGCUCAAAUCUGUUCAUUGCUUAUGGCUGAUAAUUGUUUUCAUGCGCUUGCAAUGGACAUUUUUAGCCUGGGGUUCGAUGUGCCCUUAGACGGAUAGGAGAAUGUUAUUGAUGGAUGUUUACAGAGAUGUUUUGUUUGGUGGGGUGGAGGCGGGGGCUGGUUUUACCAUUUGCACUGUGUGUUUUGGUGACCAUGAAUGAGCUAUUUCCCUUCAGACAGCUGAAAGCGCUCUUUGCUGGCAUAGAGACAAUACAUUUCUAUAGACUCUUAAAUGCUUUCAGCAUUAAAAUGCAGAGAACAAUACAUUGUUAAGACAUUAAUGUCGUAAUGCCUUUUUGUAUUAUCCAAUGAGUAGUGUUUUACUUAUAGCUAUUGAUUUGCAAGCCCCUGUAAAUUUUAUUGAGCACAGUUAUGAUUUUGUUUUAUGGCUUAUUGCUGUAUAUUUACAGGAAUGUAUUGUAAACAUUUUCCCCCCAUUUAGCCUGACAGGAUAUGGUUAUGCAGCCACUGAGGAAAAUCCUCCUCUUCAUUUGAAAGCGUGUAGGCAUAAACAAAUGACUCAUACUCCGAACCACUGCACAUUGCAGGGAAUUUCACAAUAUAAGAGCAAUAUGAGCCCCCCAAAGUACUAUUGGGAAUUCAUUGCUUAUUUUUUUAAACAUCUAAAAGAUAGUAUUCAUAUUCAUAGAGUGCCUAAAAAAUGAUAGUACAGCUUAUUAGAUAGUGAUUUAUAAUAUGUAUCUUGCAGAAACUGCAAAACAAAUAAUGAAAUAGUACAGUUGUUGCUGUAAUUAUUAUGGUGCAGAAUUGAUUGUUUUCUCGGAGGGUGUACCUACUUUAAAGGGAUAGUGCAGCCAAAAAUUUUGUUAUCAUUUGCACACCCUUUUGUCAUUUCAAACUUACUUUCUUCGGCAGAACACAAAAGAUAUUUUGGAGAAUGUUAUCAACCAAACAAUGUUUCUAUUGACUUGCAUUGCUUUUUUCACCAUAAGUGCAUGGGUCCUAUUCAUUAAAAUGACAAGAGGGUGAAUGAUGACAGAUUUUUUUGGUUGAACUACCACUUUAAAUAAGCACCAAAUGACACGGGCAGUUGGCACAGUUGUUGCAUGAAAAGUGCUGCAUAAACUAAGAUGUUUAAAUAAAAUACGCAGAAUAGACAAUGUUAGGAUUUGUGCUGUGUGAAAUGUAUUUACAAACAGAUUUAAACUGUGUAUUUGUAUUUCUAGCACAUUGUUUACAUCCUUGCUUGGAUCAUCUUGUAAUAUUAACAUAAAGAUUGCCAAAUAUGAAUGUAUAUUUAACAAAGUAAUGGGUAUGUUAGCUUAUUCAUGUACAGUACCAUUUAUAUGAUGUUUUUCUUUUUAAUUCAACCGUUUCGUUAAUUAUAUAUUUUGAUGUAUGAAUCACAACCAACAGUUUUAUAUAUGCUUGUACAGUAUAAUACCACACGUUAUUGCUUUACAUUCUUUACAUAUGCAUGGUGAUUUACUACAGUAAAUAAGAAAUUUGUUUUUCUUUUCUUUUGUAAAUGAUAUCUUUAAAAGUGAUGGGUGGUACAGUACCUUGGUUUAUACUCAGAGUCAUUCUUUUGAAUCAACUGAAUAAUCAUGAAAUCUUUGUACCCUGUAAAUAGGUAUUUGUAACUUUGCCAGCAGACUUGUGUGAUAGUUUCAUUUAAGGAAUAACUAUACUCUUUAGAUAUGAGAGAGAUCACAGGGUUAUCUGAGUGUCGCAAAGAUGCUCGCUUUGUUAGUGCUUUUAUUCAAAGAAAUGGCUUUUCGAUUGAACAUUUCAAACAAAUUGACCGAUAUUUGGAAGUUACGCCGUUGUGGGGUUUUAAUUAGCAGUGUAUUUUGACCAAGGAUGAUAUGUCUUAAUAUAUAUUGAAAUAA